GGCCUUUGCCUACGCGAUGGCCAGGGGCUGUGCUGGGCAGCCCCGUUGCCAUGGGGGCGCGGGGCCUUCCCCUCUUUCCGCACAAGAUGGCGGCACCCUUGCUGCUGCGGCGCGCGGCGCGGAGCGCGGCCCAGGCGGGACGGGCGCUCGGCACGGCCGCCGCGCUCUGCAAGCGGGCAGCUCCGCUGGGGCCGAUGCCCAACGAGGACAUCGACGUCAGCAAGUUGGAAACGCUAGAAAAAUACCGGAGCUUCAGUCGGUACUUCCAGCUGGCAGAGAAAGAAAGCAGAAAGCCGCGCUGGUGGCGGACAUACCGGCAGCACUGCAGCCCCCCGGCAGAGCCAAAGACCGACAUCAGCCUGCCACGUGAGAAGAGGCUGCGGGCAAAGAAAGUCAAGGAAAGGAAAAAGAUCCUGCAGGAGAAUCACCAGGAUGCGGAGAUGGAAAGAGCAGCACGGCUCCGGACUGUGCUGAUCCCCCUCGACGAAGUCAGAGCGGAGUGGGAGAAGACCAGUGGCCCCUUCCACAAACAGCGCGUGGCAGAGCACUGCGGGAUAUUCCGUGACUUGUUCAAGGGUGCCACGUUCACCCCCUGGGUCUCCCUGAGGGUGGAGUACAACCAAGAAGACGAGCACUUCGUGCCAGUCUACUAUGGGAAUGUGGUGACUCCAUCAGAGGCUUCCAGUCCCCCUGCGGUGUCAUAUGAGGCAGAUAAAGGCUCCCUCUGGACUUUGUUGCUCACAAAUCCAGAUGGACAUUUAAGAGAGAAGGACUCGGAGUACCUGCACUGGCUGGUGACGAACGUCCCAGGCAAUGACAUCACAUCGGGUAAGGAGAUCUGUCAUUACUUGCCCCCUUUCCCUGCCAUGGGAACUGGCUACCAUCGCUUCAUCUUCCUCCUCUUCAAGCAAGACCGCCUCAUAGAUUUCGGCAAGGAUCUUCGGCCGAAGCCAUGCCACAGCCUCAAGAUGCGAACCUUUAGCACGUUUGACUUCUACAGAAAGCACGAGGAUGCAAUGACUCCAGCAGGGCUGGCGUUUUUCCAGUGUCAGUGGGACAGCUCCGUUACCUGGGUCUUCCAUCAGCUGCUCAAUAUGAGGGAGCCUGUGUUUGAAUUCGUGCGGCCACCUGUUUAUCAUCCUCCGCAGCUGAAGUUCCCACGCCACCAGCCGCUGAGGUACCUGGACAGAUACAGAGACAGCGAGGAGCCCACCUACGGCAUUUAUUAGGGGCAUGGCCCGCUCCCAAGGGGAUGAUGGCCAGGCGGAUGGGGCUGCUGGCUUCCCUGCAUUCAGGCAGCUCUGGAGCUAGGAGCCACCUGUGCCUCUGUAAGGAGAUGGCAAAGUCAGCCCCUCGGCUCCAAUUCCCCUGUGUUGGCAGUUGCACAGUGGGAGUGACAGGUGUUUGCUGUGCUGGCAGAUGUGUUGUGGGCAAAGGGCUCCUUGAAGAGGAUGGUCACAGGUGAAAGCAGUAUGAAAUCUUGCUGCUGCUGCUGUGACAGAACUGACCAGUAAGGGAGGCAGGGUUGAGUCCCCAGAGAUGCCCAGCUUUGCUUCUCUGCAAGGAUCACAGGUUCUCCUUUCACCUGUUUGUGCAACAAAUGGAGCCAGGCAGCCUGGAUUCCCUCCACUUAUAGCGCUACUGUUCAGGACUGUCAGCUUUCAUUUGUGCAGUCCUCUUAAAGAGAUGGCUCUGAUUAAACACACUAUGAGCGAUGCUGGCG